UUUUGAAUGAUCCAUCAACUCUGUGGAUGAACCAAUGAUGUUGAUAAGGAUUAAUGUAAACAUCGCAAUUGCAAAGUCACUGAUGCCAAUGCCUUCUGUGCUCAAGCUUACUUGCUGAAACUCCUUAACAGAGGAGCGACAGGAAUUCAUUAAGAGGUGCUAAAAGUGAAAGAUUUGGAGAAAGACUAUAAGACAGGAGGCUGAAGCAGUUCAAGUUAGCACAUACUGAUAGGAACCCAUUUAACCAUGAUAUUCUUAUUGGUGACAGUAAUUGAUUUGAUAGUGGCUGCUCCAUAUCCUUCAUCAUCGCCCAUUCAAGGAGAUAAAAACAUUUCGGAAAUAAGCCACAGUCAGUAUAAAGGGGUGUUUUGGCAGAUAACCGACAUUCAUUGGGAUCAGCAAUAUAGCACUGAUGGUGAUGAGAGGAAAAUGUGUCACAAAGAGUACUCUUCUUCUGGAAAAAUUAAUGGAAAAUUUGGAAAUUACCUCUGUGACUCUCCUUGGCCAUUAGUGAGAAAUGCCAUCCAAACAAUGCGAAAAAUUGAAAGCACUCCAGAUUUCAUUUUAUGGACAGGGGAUAAUGUUCCACAUGUUGAUGACCCAGAACCUGAUUUUUCCACAAUAUUCCGUACUGUAAACAACAUCACAACAGAGCUACGAACUUCAUUCAGUGAACAUGUACCAAUUUUACCUGUGCUUGGAAAUCAUGAUGCUUUCCCAAAGGAUGAUUUUCCAAUUGCUGGGGAAGAAUUUUAUGGCCAGUAUCUCACAAAGGGUGGAUGGUCUCUUGUUUUACCAGAGGAUGCUCAAGAUGAUUUCGAGAAGGGAGGCUUCUAUGAGUACAGUCUACCAAGCAAUGUGACAGUUUUGGUUUUGAAUACAAACCUUUAUUAUGGUCCGAAUGAUUUACUUCAGAAUGUUAGUGAUCCGUGUGGACAAUUUGCUUGGAUAAGAGAAAAACUUCAGAUUGCUGGGGAGGAAGGCAGGAAGGUAAUAAUUGCUGCUCAUGCUCCUCCUGGAUACUUUGAAAGAUUUGCUGCUGUCCCAUUCUUCUCUGUAUACUACAAUGACAUUUACCUGGACCUUCUAAAUGAAUUUGAAGAGGUGAUAAUGGCACAGAUAUAUGGCCAUGAACAUACAGAUAGUUUCAAGUUAUUUACUACAGCAACUGGUGAAGUGAAGAGUGUAGGUUUUUUAGCACCUUCAUUAACUCCAUGGUACCCAGCCCCAGUACCAGGGGGUACGCCUGUAAAUCCUUCUCUACGUUUAUAUUCAUAUAAUUCAUCAACGUUGUUGGAUUACACUCAGUUUCAUCUCAAUUUAGCAAAGACGUAUAAGCUCUCAUCCUCUCUUUCGAAGAUGAGUAAAGGUCUUUCUAAAGAGCCAGAAUGGGAAGAGUUUUACCAAGCAAGGAAAAUGUUCAAGCUGGAAAGUCUUGAUGCUAAUAGCAUGGCAAGACACUAUCAAAAUUUAGUUGACAAUGAUGAGCUAUUUCAGACUUAUUAUCUCCUUAACUCUGCAGGUUACAAUCAUGGUAAGUGUGUUGGCUGUUGCAAAAGGACUCAACUUUGUGCCAUAGCCAAUGUUAGGAUAGAGGAUUUGAACCACUGCAUGAAUAACAAUGAGACAAAUAACUGUCUCACUUUGAACAAGACAUUUUAUCUUGACCACGUGCAUUCAGAUCUAUCACCUCCUUCAAGUGCGCCAAUUUUUGUUGUAAUUCUUGUGACAUUAGGUAUGAGUCUCAUGGUAAUUUUAACUGUAAGCUUGGGUGUGAUGAUUGUCAACGUUGUCAUUCGUAGACAUCGUUUGAUGAGACAAGAGAGAGGCAUUCAGGUAUCAGAUUUGAAUUUCUCUCUGCGUCCCAAGGGUUAUCAUCCAUUUUAAUAUUGUGUUCUCCAAAUGACACAAACCAUUACUGUCAUUGACAAUGUUAUGAUGUUAUAUUUCCCUUUGCUGAGCUAGGUGUGAAAUUUUUCUCCACUCCUUACUCUUGUGCACUCUUUCUGCCUGAAUUCUCACCUCAUUCAGGUCCUCACUUGUGCCCUUUCUCUAUAAUCAUCUGGGCUUUUAUGAUGGACUUCAUAAUGGUAUUUCCAAAUCUGCCAGCUUAAUUGUUCCUCCCCUCUUUAAUUACAUGCCAAGCCAUCUUCAUCUUUGAGAUAAUAACACUUUUAUAUUAUUAAAACAUAUUUCUUGUAGUCAUUGGCUUUAGGUUAGUAAGGAUUGCUAAUUUACAUCGUAUGAGAUGCGAAGGCCAGCUCUGCAGAAUUAGUUGUUCCAAGUACAAAGUAUAUAUGCAAUUUGCAAUUCAAAGACAUUGACAACAUUGUUAGAACUGCAAGAAGAUGAAUGUCAGAACUGCAAGUACUAUGCCUACAAGCAGAUGAAUAUUUAACCGGGUCCAGGGAGCUUAAGUAGAAUUGAGUAGCAGUUAAAACUAGUAAUUGUUAGAUGUACAGGUUAAUUUGGUAUGGAGUUGGCAAGUUUUAGGAGUAUGUCCACCCAGCACAAAGUUUAUAUACCUCUUUAGUAUGGGUUGUAUCACUUUAUUAGUGCGGCAGCAGUCUCAGGGUACACAAGAUACUUAGGCUUUAUUUGUCUGGCUUACUUUGCAUUUCCUCGUUGCUGUAAAAGAAUGUAAAUUGGGUAUUAUAGACUGUAUCAUCAUCAUACUGUAUACUGUUUGAACCGGACCAACAAGUCACAUUUUUAGACCUAAGGCUCGCUAAAAGAUGUAUUCUUAAAGGUUUAAAAAUUGGAGCAAGGUAAAGUUAAAAGAGGUUUGAAAGCUUGGUAGAAAAAGAUUAAAGUGAACACAGGAAAAGAAAUCAAUGCUGCUGGGGCUGAAGGGAUGCUCCACAGAAUCAUGGACUACUCAAGACAUGCUGUAAGUUGUAUCUCCCUGCAGAGGGCAAUUGGAGAGUAUAUAUGUAGUAAUUGUUAACUUUUGUUUUAACAAUCUGAGAUUCUUUUAUAUGUUUCAUCAAGUGCUUUGGUGGGGUAGGGUUGCUGUAAACACAGUAUUUUUAGGAAGUCUGAAUGGGUGUGCAAGUAAUUUCUAAUGAGUGUUUUAUGUGGAUACGAGGUUGUAUUGUGGGGUGUUUGAACUAAAAAAUGCAUUGGUCACCAAGAUGUCUUGUUGGGUAUGGGUACUGCAGUAAUGCCAGUGUAGAAUAACUAAAUUUUCACAAUGUUUAUUAACUGCCAAAAGUGGUAUUCUUAAGCCAAAUUUUCUCAACUUUUCAGACAUCUUAAAUGGAUGUGAUAUACAUAUACAUAUAUAUAUAUG